AUGCUCAGAUACACCCUCCAUACGACUGCCACUGCUCGUCUAUGUUCUCUCUUUCACCGUCGGGUCUUAAUCCACCAAUGGAAGCAGCCCCGGGAUUUAUCCGACUUGACCCGAACCGAGUUGGUCGACCGCAUUUGCCGUCUCCUCGUGCUCCGCCGCUUCAACGCUAUAGAUACCCUUUCUUUUGACUUCUCCGACGACCUUUUAAACCAAAUCUUAAGUAAACUCAAAUUAAACCCAAAUGCGUGUUUGCAUUUCUUUACUUUAGCUUUGAAGCAGCAGAAGUUUAGACCGCAUGCCAAGUCAUACUGUAGAUUAGUUCACAUACUGUCGAGGGCACGGAUGUUUGAUGAAACGAGAGCGCACUUGAGGGUGCUAGUUGGGUUUUGUGAGGAAGAUGGUCGUUUGGGCUUGCGUAUUUGGCAUGAUUUGGUUCGUGUGUAUCGAGAAUUUGGGUUUUCUCCUACAGUGUUUGACAUUACCCUGAAGUUGUAUGCGGAAAAAGGGUUGACAAAGAAUGCACUCUACGUGUUCGAUGGAAUGUGUAAGUUGGGGAGAGUGCCUAGUUUACAGUCUUGUAAUGGUUUGUUGAGUUGUUUGGUUCGGAAGGGAGAGUUUCAUUCCGUUUUUGUAGUGUAUGAUCAGAUGAAUAAGAUCGGGAUUGUGCCUGAUGUAUGUACAUGUAGUAUUAUUGUGAACGCUUAUUGUAAAGAUGGGAAAGUGGGGAGGGCUGCAGAGUUUGUGAGAGAGUUUGAGGAUAUUGGUUUGGAGCCAAAUUUAGUGACAUACCAUAGUUUAAUUAAUGGAUAUGUUGGUAUGGGUGAUCUGAGAAGUGCAAAUGGAGUAUUAAGAUUGAUGAAUGAUAGAGGCUUGUUGACAAAUGUGGUUACAUAUACCUUGUUUGCUAAAGGAUACUGCAAACAGGGGAAAGUGGAGGAAGCUGAGAAGGUGCUUAGGGAUAUGAAAGAGGAUAAUCCAUCAUUGGUCUUAGAUGAGCAAGCUUAUGGUGUUCUGGUAGAUGGGUUCUGUCGAAUUGGAAAGAUGAAUUGUGCUGUUCGGAUUCAUGAAGAGAUGUUGAAAACAGGAUUGAAGGUAAAUUUGUUCAUCUGCAAUUCGAUGAUCAAUGGAUACUGUAAACUUGGCCAAUUCGAUGAAGCUGCAAGAGUGGUAACAAGUAUGAGUAAAUGGAAAUUAAGGCCAGAUUCUUACAGUUAUAAUACUUUGGUAGAUGGGUACUGUAGGGAAGGUUAUACAACUCAGGCUUUAGAGCUUUGUGAUAAGAUGGUCCGUGAUGGCAUAGAUGUAAGUAUUGUAACUUAUAAUACACUGUUGAAAGGCUUUUGCCGAUCUAAUGACAUUGAUAAGGCUUUGCAACUUUGGCAUCUCAUGAUAAAAAGAGGUUUGACCCCCAAUGAGGUUGGAUAUGGCACUCUACUUGAUGGGCUCUUUAAAGUAGGGGACUUUGAAGGGGCUUUGCUGCUGUGGAAACAAUUUUUAGCUCGGGGAUUCAUUAAACCUGUCAUUGGAUUUAACACAAUGCUUAAUGGAUUGUGCAAAAUGGGGAAAAUGGCUGAAGCAGAGCAGGUAUUCAAUAAGAUGUUUAAACUAGGUUGUUCACCAGAUAAAAUCACAUAUAAUACGCUUGCAGAUGGUUACUGUAAAGAUGGGAACUUGGAAAGAGCUCUUAAAAUCAAGGAUACCAUGGGAAGGGAAUCCGUCCCUUUGUCCAUUGAAAUGUAUAACUCACUUGUUACCGGAUAUUUUAGAUGUAGGAAGUUAAGCAAGAUUACAGAACUACUCAAUGAGAUGCAAAACCGAGCGCUAAUCCCCAACAUUGUAACCUAUGGUGCCCUAAUUUCUGGUUGGUGCAGAGAAGGAAUGCUGGAUAAAGCUUUCACUACAUAUUUUGAGAUGAAAGAAAAGGGUUUAGCUCCUAAUGUUCUUAUAUGUAGCACAAUAGUUAGUGCACUAUAUAGGCUUGGUAUGACUGAUGAAGCAAACAUGCUGUUGCAGAAAAUUAUGGAUUUUGAUCUUUUACCUGGAGACAAUAGGAAAUUCUUCGAGUGGGACAUGAGAAAUGUGAAUGUCCAAAAGUUCUCAGAUUUACUUGAUGGAGUUGUGGAAGCUACUCUUCUUCCCAAUAACGUUGUGUACAAUGUAGCGAUCACAGGGCUAUGCAAACUUGGAAAAGUUGAUGAUGCAAAAAGAUUCAUCUCUGCAUUGUUACAAAAAGGCUUCACUCCUGAUAAUUUCACUUAUUGUACCCUAAUUCAUGCUUUAUCGGCUUCUGGUGAAGUUAAUGAGGCUUUUAAAUUACGGGAUGAGAUGCUUAAAAAGGGUAUUGUUCCUGAUAUUGCUACAUAUAAUGCUCUAAUAAAUGGUUUGUGCAAAUCGGGGAAUCUUGAUAGAGCAUUAAGACUCUUUCAUAAGCUUCGUUCAAAAGGGGUGGUUCCUAAUGUCAUUACUUACAAUACUUUAAUGGACCGAUGUAGCAAGGUUGGAAAUACUCGUGAGGCAAAGAAACUGAAAGAGAAAAUGGAGCAAGAACAUAUUGCUUCUUCGGUGUUUACAUAUUCUGGUUUGAUCAAUUGUGUUAAUAAGAACUGUGAAGUGAGGGAAGCUGUUAUGUAAAAGUAUCUGUGAAAUAUGGUUUGCUGCUUUGAGGAAGGGAUAGCUGGAUCUGUCAUCAUUUUAGUGACGUUUAAGGAGCAAAAAGCAAGAAAAUGUACAAUUGGCUCAACGACACCAAUUCACAAUUGAUGCAGGACUUAUCUAUUGCAUCAACCGAUAUAAGGACAAACACCUUGGAAUAGGCGAUGGCGGAGUUAGUAUGCAUCCCAAGGACACCAUGAUCAUCGAGGAAUCAGACAUACGUAGAAGCUGUAGUUUAAAGAAACCUUUCGGCUACACCCUCCAGUCCCAUUUCUACGGUGUGAUGUAGAAAUCCAAGGCCACAUGCCUAAAGAUGCACAAACAUGUGGGCUGUUAUCCGUCUAUAUGGUCCGACCCUCAUGCCGAAAGGUACGUCCUUAGAUGUCAAUAUUGACUACAAUGGCGGAGAGUUUGAGCUCGUUCUGUUUGGUUUUGGGAGGAAGCUUUGUCCUUCAAUGUUGCAUCUGAUGUGUGUUACGCAAAUUUGAUUAAAAACGCGAGGGGGAGAUAUGGAUAUGAUUUAGAUUUACUUUCCGCUCUUUGGCCAUUCUGAUCAAAAUCUGGUACUACCGGGAUCGUGUUAGGAUUGCCAAGAAUCAUAGUCAUGGUAACGGCAGAGCGCGAGAGGUUUGUUGAUGUCGGAAUCGACUAUAACAUGUGUAAAGGUACAGGCCGAUAUGUAAUGGUAGGGACUAGGGAUGGUAAUGUAAAUAUAGGAUUAUGGGUUAAAUGCAUGAAAUAACAACUAUUUUCA